UUCGCGGCAUCAUGUCGCCAGUAAAGGCCGAAGACGAUCCUGUCACGGCAGAAUACGAUGUCUACCUCACACCUGAGCUCCAGGAGCACAUUUACCUGCUGCAGUACCCCAAUCGUCCUCGAAAUCGACCCUACAGCAAAGCAUUCGGUGCGACGCCGCAAGAGAUGCGCAUCAAGCCGACUGCUGGGUACAUGGAAGUGGAUGUGAAGCUCAACACGGAGCAGAACUUCAACAAGUACAUGGGUCUCAAGUGGGGAGACGCGAACAGGGCGUCGCGCGAUUUGCACAAUAUAUCUGGUACCUAUGGGCCAGCGGCAGGUCUUCAGCCAGCAAAAGCACGAACAAUGGCCAACAAUCGAGCUGCUCUGAAGGACAAGAGCGACAGAGAAUUGGACUUUGAGAACGACCUUGCAAAUUUCCACCAAGCUGAAGCUGAGCGGAAGAUUCAUGCGUCGCAAACAUUGGGCGGACAGAUCAUCCGUCACGACGGAGAUGCAGAGGUGGGAAAGCCAUACUACUUCGUGGGUGCAUUCCAAGGCGAUCAGCUUCACUUGUCAAAACUCACAGGCACCGUGCAAAUGCGACCUCACUUCCACCACCUUGAUGCUGAGGAGCAGCGUGGCCGGAUCGCAGCUUCGCGUGCUCAAGCUGAUGCAGCAGGACCGGUGCCCGAGCCCGUGGCACAUACACUUCGACAACGUCAGAUGGACAAGGAAGAUCAAAGCACGAUUGAGUACAGAAUGAAGAAGAUGCUGUACGAAGCGCAACACGAGCCAUGGAUCAAGAUGGAUUACGUGGACGAGGAGGAUGAAGAGGCGUACGACGCUUUUGAGGACAAGCUGAAGGUGAGAGAUGUUGCUGGGGCGCCGAUGUUGAAGAGCGAGAUGGACAAUGAUGCUUUCUUGGACGCUAUCAGCACUCCGAGACAUGACAGUCCAACCAGGCGGAGGAAGCGUCAGCCCAAGAAGGGCAACAACAAGGAGACGAUCAAUAUCGAGGAUGAGGACGAGAUGGAGGCAGACGCAGCGACCGAAGGUGGAGUCUGA